GGGUGAAUCACGCAUCAACAACAACGCCCGAUCUGGAGUUUUCGCUUCGAUCGAUGUUUUCCCACGAAAUCCUUUUAUUUUAGUGCCAACCCUUGAAACUCCUGUAGUGUUUAGUGCAGUAACGUACAAAUGAAGCCACUCGUGUAUUAUUUCCUGCUGGCCACUUGGCUCUGUGCGGCGCCAUGCUUAAGUGCGGGCAGAAACUUCACGAUUCCGAAAAUCCUGCAAGGAUCAUGGUUCUCCUGGGAAACGGGCCAGCCGACGCUGACCGUACUGGAUGAUCACACGAUGUCCGAUCGGGGGGAAGUCAUAAUGAUGGAACGAACGGGAUCAAACUAUACCUUCAUAUUCCGUGGCAGACGAUGCUAUCACUGCGUGCAUGCAUUCCCCAGAACGCCCAACAUUUUUGAAAAAUUCGAAUCUGCCUGUGUCACGUUGGAUAACAAUCAGGAGCCUACGGUUGACCGCGUGUGUCGCGGAAUCACGAACGAUCAGCAAUUGAUUACGCUGUUCAACGAAAACUACGUGCCAGUCAAUUGUCGAUCGUCGCUGGAAGGUGUGUGGCAGUUUGCGUAUCAAAACCGUUUCCGAUUCACCGGCGAGUGCGAUCAUCCCGAUGCCCGGAUUCACUCCUGCCAACAGGCCGGAACACAGUUUUUGAUUUCCAACGAAAAGUUCAACAUUUCCUACAAGCAGUGCAUCGGUAUGGCCAACACGUUCAAAGGGGUGGUUGAGUACAGCUGCCUCGGCGAUUGGUUUAUCGGCAAGAACCACUACUUUGCCGUCGCCAACACGAAGGAAUCGCGAAAGGACGAAAAGUAUCGUUGCUUCCUGAAAAACCGUGACGAUGAUCUGUACCUUGGAGUGUCGAUAACGGCCGAGUGCAAUACUCUGAAAACGGUCGAAAAAUCACCGGAACGUUUGCGGAUAACACCCGUGAAGGCAGAAGUCGUUGAGCCCGGCUGUCGCUUUCCGCAGAAUUUCACCGGAGAGUGGAUCAACACGGCCAACGUGGAUGGUGAUGUGAGGAUCAAUGAAACGCACAUUGUGGAAACGUACAAACCGGAUCAGUCUCGUUAUCGUCGAACGAUUUACAUAUGUCGCGAGCAGCGUGACACGCGUAUCAUGAUGGCUCGGCUUACGGUGGACGGUUGUCAGACGGAUUACGUGUGCUUCGAUUUUGUGCCGAAACACCACAACAUCAUCCGUUACCGGAAAGGGUUGGCGGUGAUACAGGACGAUUUCUCGACCGUGUGCUCCUGGAAACAGUUCCCGAACAAAGAAGAGUGGCGCUAUGAUCUACUCCUGUCCGCCAAACCCGUCCCCAUCAGGUGCCCCGUGGCGGGAAAGUUUAAUUUUACGCAAAAAGGCGAAGCACCGUUCCGGACACGAAUCAUCGGUGGUGUGACACUCAGUCCGCGUCCCGAUAUCAACUGCAAACAGAACAUUUCCGACUUUUCCGUGUGUGACGUCGACCAGAAGGAGAUGGCGAUCGAUGCCGAUUACUGUCUGUCCGUGGAUCAUCUUGGUCGACCGGUUGAUAUUUACAGCGAUCCGGAUUAUCGGAUGAAAUGUAUCGGUUUCUGGCAGGAGAAUCUCAAAUCGUAUCUCAUUACCUAUGACGAUCUGGACCCACUGUCCAAGUACCGUUGCUGGGUGUACCAGAGGGCAGACCUGAACCGGGUGCUAAUGUCACAGGCCGUAGGAGCAUUCUGCGAUAUCCGGCAGGACGUGACGUCGUGGAAUUACACCGAAGGAGCAGUGGUCGCGAUCGAUAUGACCGAGUACGAGCGUGAGCGCGAUCAGUGCCCGAUGCACUUUGAUGACGGUGCGAAUCCGUGGAAGGAAACGGAGAACGUGAUUACCGUGUUUCCGUGGGUAAUCUACAGCUCGACGGCACCAUUCAGCAGUGCGCUCACAUCGUUCAUAAUCUCUUUAGCGGCGGUGCUAUUGAAAGUAUUCUUUUAGAAGAUUCACUUCUUCUUCUCUAUCUCUCAUGCUUCUACACUGCAGCAUCUCUUUCGAAUCCGUCCAACACUACUCACGCCACACGGCACGAGUAGCACGUGCCUUCGAUUCCAUUCGUUUAGAUGUAAGUGACAUGUGUAGCUAAGAAUCCGGUUGGAAAUAAAUAAAUCUCUUGAAUAGUAGUGACGCUACUACCUCAUUUUAAUGGUCAGUUUCCCAGUUUGCUUCCGUUUCCGUCGUAUUACACAAUGUUGCACGUUAGUACGCAACCCGAGAAUACGUUAAUGACGUCAGUCCCUAUUUAUGCUCGGUUCAUUUACAAUCGAAUGCCGAGCACCCGGCGCUAAACAAACGCUUUUUAGGCAAAUGAGCCUGACUUGCGAACCUGCUUAUCGGUGAACGCUAUUUUUAAAAUCAAUCGCUUAUUCCUGGCGAUUUUGCAUCACAAUGGAACCGUUUUUAACUCGUUUAUCGUCCCGGAAGUGAGUGCGUGCUUGCGUUCUUAGUACGUUGUCUUUUAAUCGCUUAAAACCGCUAAGUAGAUCUCAGUAGGCAAGGCGCUCGCGAUAACGGCCAACUCAAACGAGUCAACCUUCGUCAACGCUACCUACUAUUCCGCUCCCUCCUCCGCCACCGCACCUUCCUCAUGCUGACAGUUGUUGUUUACUCUGCGCCCACCACCCACCGCGGCAACAAAAAAUCACCAAAAGAAAAAUGCUGCAACUCGCUUGUCCGCCGACGCAUAAACUUACCCCUUUACCAACGCAAUCAGCGCACUAAAACGGGUAGUAAACUGGCCGCCGCAGCAGGCCUGGAGACCGGUUGAUUGCACUGUGCAACACGCGGUAGGCAUCGAGGGAUUUUCAGCAGCAGCAGCAGCAGCAGCCGGAGCAGAAGGAGGGGAGCCCGGGGUCCGUGUUAAAAAUGAGGAUUUUCUUUUCCUUUAACGCCGCCUCAACGCAGGUGGGGGGCAGUGGUGCUACUGGUGGUGGUGGUGGUGCUGGUCGUCGUCGUCGUGGUCGUCGUUAUUGCCUUUGCCUUGAUAGGAGGGGUACACCGCCGCCGCCGCCAGCGCCGAGGUGCAGCAGCUAAGACGAGGGUGCCCCACGUUUCAUCGGAGAAACUUUCAAAACGAUUUUGGCCAGUGACGGUGCUGGUCGUGCUGCUUUUCUAUUCGACGUGAAACCGUGGGUCUCCCCCACCUACCCACCCCCUAUCCCUCAGUUCAGGUCAAGUUGUGCUCAACAAACGAGAACGAGAGUUCCUGCAAAAGCAACUAGUCAACUGUCCCCGAGGUGUUCGAGGUGUGUCCGUUGUCCGCUGGCCUUUGUGUGUAGAAAAGGAUUGUCGCUACUGCUUCUUGGAAGAAACUCUGCGAGAGAAGCAUCGUAGACGAGCAAAUUAGUGCAACACGCAACCAGCUGCUGCAGAAGAGAGUGUCUGUGUCCGCGAGCCCCGUGCCAUCGGAUUGUGAUUCGUUUUGUGCUUUUUGUGUUUUUUUUCCUGGUGGAAUCGGAGCAUUUAUCUGCGCUAAAAAGGGGUAAAAACAGAAACGAAAACAAAUCUUUCAGUCCAAUACGGUACAGGACGAGAGGUGCGAGAAGAAGAAAACCAAGUAUUGAUGUUCCGUGAACCCGCGGCACAAUAACAAAGCGCUGUCAAAGUGACCAUAUGAUCUCCGCCCCCGGGGGUAGGAGGGAGAACUAGAAAGAGCCAGAGGGAACGAUUGCGCAAAUCCAACUGGGAUGCGGGGUGCUGCGAGGUGUGCUACAGGGAAAACGAGCGGCAAGUGAUGAAUGUAAAGUGAUCGUGUCAAAUCACCUGGCUCAGCAUCGGGAAUCGAACACGGUAACCGAGCUAGAACGUUAGCGCCAGCGCAAGAAUACGAAGAAAGCGCCACAGAGCACGUGUGAUUCGCCGUGAUUCUCGGUAUGUGUGCAAUCAGUGUGUCUGUUUAUGUGGGAAUCGCGUAACCACUUGCCAACCUACCGUGGCGGCCUACAUUGAUCGGAAGGAUUUUCCCGUUUUCCUCCACACGAAUCAAGAAGACGCCGCUCUCAUUCAUCAACAACAUCCCGCACGGUACGAAAUUCCAGAAUCUUCUCGCUCGGCGCUUUUCUAACGCCUUGGCGCCUCUCACUUUCCGUGUCACCGCUUUCGCCGUAGUGUACGGCAUGACUCCUCUGCAAGAAGUCAGCAGCCAGCCGUGGCCGUGAUCACCCGCGAUUCGCGGUAGUCGACCUCCCCUUCCCCUCUUUGCUCUGGCGCACCCCAUCACACAACAGCAAACACAAAUAGCUGGCCCAGCGAACUCGCCAGGUUACUUAACAACCGAACGAGCGACCGAGCGACCGAGCGAACGCGCUGUGUGGAAAUCUCGGCUCGAAUCCUUGCCCGAUGGCCUUGCCGGGACGGAUUGGAACGGUUUGGUGUCGCAAAAUAUUAGCCACUGCGGGCCGCAUACCGGCAUCGGCAAUCGGGUCCGAGGACAACCGUGGGUCACAUCUGCCUUACCUCGAGGCACGGCAAACCGUGGCCAGCAAGUGGAAGAUGUCAACGACGUCACAAACGGCGCGUGAUACCCGCGAUGGCGCUACUCUCACUCUCGUCCCCGGCUGUCCGAACGGUAUUGCAUCACAUCGCGCGCACCGCAUCUCACAAAAUCUAUGCUGUUGUUGUUGUUGUUGUUGUUACUUGAGGGAUGAUUUUUAUGAGUUUUCAUUGCAUUCCUCCUUCGCCGCCCUCCACUCUCUACUGGUCGGUGGCUCAAGGGCUCUAGGGGUGGCAGGCGGUGGGUGCACUUGAAAAUGAAACUGCAUUUCACCGAGAUAACGAUCUGUUGGUCUGGAAAAUAGUGAUGCCUCUGUGGGGUGGGAGGGGCAGCAAUUCCACUUAAGACACUGUACCACCCAUUCAUUACAAUAGUAGCUCGUCUCGUUCAAUUGCCGAUCUUGUAAUUGUUACAAGAUGUUCAUUCCAAUUAAAAUUCUUCUUCUUCAAAUCUGCUGUACGCUACGUGCGUUCGAAUCAUUCAGGGGAGAAAUUUAAUCAGCAAAGCAGUACGUAAGCACGUCUUUGGGUCCAAUUCAUAAAGGAAUGUUAGGUUCCAUCGUUAAUUACCGGCGUAAGAUCCAUAUUGUGCGGGAAUAAUAUUAUAACGGGAGCAUUUAAAAUAUUACUCACCCAGUUGGUAUUCAAUAUUAUAUGGAAGGAAUUGUUGUGUACUGCUUAAAAUAAUGCACUUAUUAACAUUGUAACUAAAGCAUUUUUUUAUCUAAGGUAACAAUUGAAAAAUGACUUAGUUUUACGCUACCAGAGUAAAUAAACCGACUACUAUUAAGCAUA